AUGGAGUUUCUGAAGAAGACACUUAACAAGCUGUUUCGGCGUGAUACGGCGGUGAAAGAAACACAUCGGCGCCAAAGGAUAAUGGAAUGGCGGAGAGAGACAGACGCCGUGAUCUCUUCACUGGAGGAAGAGUUCGAUCCAUUGAUCGCCAGAGGGGUUUUCAACAUGCGCUACUCUAGCAAGUUAUACCAGCUCCCGGACGAAAUAUGGCUUCAGAUCAUUGGACAUGUUGCCCCAAGCAGAGAGUCAUUCUUCAUGCUCCGCCAGGUCUGUAGACGCUUCCGAACCCUCAUGGAAGGGCCCGAUUUCCGCGAUCAUCGGUUCACGUCAGAGCAUGACUGCGACCGCAUCCAUUGCGACGGGCGAGAAACAUUCUGCCCAGGCUCGGGGUUCGUACCCGGCUUGCCAUCAGCUUUGCGUCAUCGCUACAGACUGCCUAUGACGAGAGGCUGGCUACAGGACAAAGUGGGAGAGCUGUUGCAUAUCGACACGCUCUGCGUGCGAUGUAGCAAACUUGCCUCGUUUAAUUCGCAAUACAAUAGCAGAUGCAAGUUUCACGAAGAAUCUCAGCGUGGUCUAUGUCAUGAUGGGACCAGCUGCCCUCUUUUCAUGUUUAGACACACCAACAUCCAGCAUCGAUCAUGUAUCGGAACCAAGGGCUAUGUGAGAUUGUGUGAACACAAGAAGAUCAAGUGGAAGGAAGUCAAGAAGCAUCUUGUCGAAUGCAGAAAAGUCAUUGAGAGCAAAAGAGGACUCCAAGACCAUCGGGUCGUUGUCAAACAAUGUAAUCACCCAAGCCAUCGGACAGCCGGAUGCUCUGAGGCGACAGGCCCCGAGGCCACACUUGUCUUGAGCAAGCAGGGGGCUUACACGCUGAAUUUGAAAUGGAGUCCACAUUCUGGUACUGGGGCUUUUCCAUCUUACCAAAAUGGACAGAUCAAGGCUAGUGAGAUGCGGGAUAUGUUUCGAAAAUAUCGUCGCGAAGGAGCAGGCUUCAUUGUGCCCGAGAUGGCUCAUGGCCAACUCCCCGAAAUGACUUGUUUCCCUCUUGGCGAGUGCACCUGUCUCAACUACGGUAGUGACGAAGAAACGGAGUUGGUUCUGUACGGGGCACAGAAAGACAGUAUCUGCCGGGACAUGAACAACAACCCCGACCACACACCACUUUGCAGCAGGGAAGGACUUCAUCCGAGCAAAGUUCAUGACGGCCUCUGUCGCUCACAUGUGUAUAUUGAUCGUUGUUCAUCCUGCGAGCAAGAAGAGAUGGGAACUUCGCCGUGUAUUGUCACAAACUACCACCGUUUUAUCGAAGGCUGUUAUUUGGAGUCGCAGAAGUACCCAAAGGUCAGCCACGCCUGGCUGCAUGCCAUGGAUCGUUCUUCCUACUAUUGGCCAAAAGCUGAAUUGAUGGCCAUGGAAACUUGCAAGACGCCCGGAUGUCGAAAUUAUUAUUCAAUGAGCGUAUAUGGAUGUUACGAAAGACCCUACGACGUGCUUUUUAGCGCGUUGAAAGAUGGGUAA